AAACAUUAUUCCAGCUCACUUCUUUCUUCUCUUUCCCCCCUCUCCGAUCCUUCCUUCACACUAUAUAUGCCUAAUCAUUUCCGUUGCUAUAUAUACACACCUCUCUUCCAAUCCCCCAAACACAUCCUCAUCAAUUCCAUCACAAUAUAUAAAACCCAAUUCUUCUUCUUCUUCACAACACCGUUAGUUCCAUCUGCAUAUGUACUAGGAAUCAUAUAUAUAUAGUUUGAAAUAGGAUCUCGAGAUGUCAUCAUCUAAUAAGCUCCAGCUUUGUAUGAUAAUAGCGGCCAGCCUAGUGGCCGUGGCCGUGGCCGGAAACUUCUACCGAGAUGCCCAAAUGUAUUUCGGCAAUGGACGCGGUCAAGUGAUGGAUGGCGGCAAGAUGAUCGCCCUCAAACUCGACAAAGAAUCCGGUUCCGGUUUCCAGUCCAAAAAUGAGUAUCUUUUCGGCAGAUUUGACAUGCAACUCAAGCUUGUCCCCGGCAAUUCUGCUGGCACUGUCACCACCUUCUAUCUAUCAUCUCUGGGAGAAGGGCACGAUGAAAUCGACUUUGAAUUCUUGGGGAAUGUGUCUGGGCAACCUUACACAGUCCAUACCAAUGUAUACUCUCAAGGGAAAGGUAACAAGGAGCAACAGUUUCAUCUCUGGUUCGACCCAACUGCCGCAUUUCACACUUACACCAUUCUCUGGAACCCUCAAAGAAUCAUUUUCAUGGUGGAUAACAAUCCUAUUAGAGUAUUCAACAAUCACGAGAGCAUUGGGAUUCCAUUCCCAAAGAACCAGCCCAUGAGAGUAUACUGCAGUUUGUGGAAUGCAGAUGAGUGGGCAACCCAGGGAGGAUUGGUGAAGACAGAUUGGUCACAUGCUCCGUUCACUGCCUACUACAGAAACUUCAAUGCCAACGCUUGUGUCGUAACAAACGGAGUUUCUUCCUGCAAUUCCAUAGCAGCACAAUCACCUUCAAGCAGCAAUCAAGAAUGGCAAACGCAGGGUCUUGAUGCGAAGGGCAGGAAUAGAGUCCGAUGGGUACAAAGCAAGCAUAUGGUCUACAAUUACUGCGCCGAUGCCAAGCGCUUCCCGCAGGGAUUUUCUGCUGAAUGCAAACGCUCAAGGUUCUAAGAGAAUCAUCAUGCAAUAAGUUGACGGAUCGGAAAUGCAUGAAUUCUUUAGUGUGGCCUUCGGUUUUAUUUUAAGUUUCAACAUUUUAUAUGCGUUAGUGUGGUUUAUUAAAGAUAAAUUCUUUAUUCUUUGUCAUUUCAAUAAGGGAAGUUCGUGGAUUGUAAUCCAAUAUUAUGUAUUGUAAUAAUAAUUGCUGUUGGUUUCUUGAUUGAACUAGUACCUGGAACUUCGAACAAA